AUGAACGGUUCACCAAGCAGCGCUGGAAUGGGUGAUCAAAUGGGCGUCAAAAUCGAACCAGCGGAAGCCGAGUCGUUAUCCAUAUCCGGAAGUAGCGGCAUUCUUACUCCUAUCAAUCCUUACACCUGCGAUAAGCCUAUUAGUCCUGAACAGGAAGAACUGAUAAAUAGGCUCGUGUCUUUUCAAUGUGAAUUCGAACAACCGAGCGAAGAGGAUCUGAAAAGAAUUACUAAUCAACCAAUGGAAGGCGAAGAUCCAAGUGAUUACAGUUUCAGACAUAUUACUGAAAUCACGAUUCUGACUGUUCAAUUGAUCGUCGAGUUCUCAAAGAGAUUACCCGGUUUUAACGAGUUGUUACGUGAAGAUCAAAUCACUCUGUUGAAAGCAUGCUCCAGUGAGGUGAUGAUGCUACGGAUGGCAAGGAAGUAUGAUGUGCAAACCGAUAGCAUCAUUUUUGCUAACAAUCAAUCAUAUACACGUGACAGUUAUAAUGUUGCCGGAAUGGGAGACACCAUUGAAGACCUUUUGCGAUUCUGUCGACAAAUGUAUGCUAUGAGAGUUAAUAAUGCCGAAUAUGCUUUGCUCACAGCUAUUGUCAUCUUUUCAGAGUACACGCAUGUCUAA